AUGCAGCUCACUUCCAUCCUCACCGUUGCCCUCUCCGCCGCCGGUCUCGCCUCGGCUGGUCCUCUCCGUCGUGCUCAGAGCCCAGCUCUCACCUGGCAGGUGUCUAACUUCACCUCGACCUGCGCCCAGCAAGAGUGUGUCUACAACUUCAACAUCCACGGCGUCCAGACCGAGAACACCCCCGGCUUCACCACCACCUGCUCGUCGUCGGGCCAGAAGACCGGAAGUGACUACAUUGCCUGUGCCAACGGCAACAUCACGGCCCUUGUGACCCCCGAGUCUCACUCUCGCCGCACCGUGCAGGCCGAGCACUCCUGGCGCCAGGGUCUUACUGCUUCCUUCCACGCCCAGGGCGAGACCAAUGUCACCGCGUCCGCCUCGAACUUCACCAUCCCGGUGACUCGCGUGUUCGGCUCUGCUUAA